GUGCUGUAUGCAUACAGUAAAUUGCAGAGAGGUUUGCAAUACGUUUUCAAUAAGUUUCAAAACAUAGGUUUGCUCGUGAUUGAACGUAAUAUAAUAUACUAUACUUAAUGAAUCUUACGAUUAUCUUUAUAAUGGAAUUGCUUUUAUUGUAUAAAUAAGAAUAUUUCUCAACUAAAUAACUUAAUUAAAUGCUAGUUUGUCAAUGGUUAUUUAAUAUAAGUAUAUGUGAUUAUAAAUAUAUAAUUUCACAUUCUUUUUUAACUAUAUAUAAUUUAACUUCUUUAUUAACCGUAACUACAAAGUUUAAUUGAAUUUUUAUAAUUAUAAUUUUUAUAAUUACAGUUAUGAUCUCCGCGCCUUUACUUACAUUAUGUUUGAAAAUAAAAUCUUAAAUUUGACAAAAUAUAUUUUUGUUUCAAUAUUAUAGUCAUCACAAAUGAUUGUUUCAAUAAUAUAUAACAUUAACAUUAAAGGAUUCUAAUUUUCUUAAUUGUUAUUUUCUGUUUGAUAUUUCUUCCUCUUGACUCAUAAAAUUUAUUAAAUAAUGAGAAUAUAUUGUAUUUAUUUAUAAAUUUAUAUAAAAUUUUUUAUAUAAGCAAAUUGCAUUUAUUUAUUACCGUAUAAUCUUAUUUCAACGUUUAACAUUUUGAAAAUAAAAAUAUUUACAAAACAAAAAUGUUUUUUUGGUAGUUACAUUACUGGCUUAAAUGUGUGUAAUAUGUGGUUUUCGUUGAUAUGCACGUGCAAUCGUGAGGAACGCCGACUAUAAACACGUAAGGUAGAACAUCAAAAGUAUGCUCACUGGACUGUUGAUGUCCAGCGUGGGAUUUAAAACCAGACUCAGCAAAUCACGUCGCAGAUAGUAUAUCCUACCGGCGAACGGAACGAAGGAACAGAGGAGCCGUAUACCUGAGGACAACGCUUCGGGCGAACGUUAAGUGAAAGCUCAGUUUAAAUACGAAUGCCACACCACUCACAUCUCCCGAAGAUUACACUCGGAUUUAUAGAGUAUCGAAUUUUUUUUUUACGAUAUCUUAUUUCUCGGACAGUCCUGAAAUGGUUGUUUGACGUAACAAUUUUUGACCUACUUCCGGCAGAGAGUUUAAGAGAUAUUAAAAUGUAUCAGUCAAUAUCAGCCAUGAAACCAAUCCUGUACAGGGUCGAGACAUACAUCGUACCCGAGACGGAGAACUUAUCAAUGAUUAAUAAGCUCGACGAUCUCACACUUGCGAAUCAAUUCACGAGCGAAAGCAUAUUUGAGAACAACAAUAACGAGAAAGAUGCGUCGUUCACUUCGGAUAAUAAAUACGAAGAACUCGCCAGAUUCUCCACCGAGAAUAGCAAGUUGAUUGGCGUAAAAAUCGUGAAAGACAUAACGAAUGAGAAUGACAUUCUACUUGAUGAAUGCCUCGACGAUGAUAUUGUUAAAUACUACAAUGACAUGAAUUUCUGCUGUUCUAAAGAGCGUGUACAGAAACCAGAGUUUCAGGCGUCAGUUGGGCCGCAGGAGGCGUUAUAUCCCGCGAGACAAUUCAGCAGGGUCAACAGUCUGAUAUCAAUCGACGAGAGGAGCGAGAAUUCCAUAAACACCAAGCUGAAUGACUUCUGCUAUCACGGUUACAAGAACGGUUGCACCGCGUCGAUUCAGUCACCCGAGGAAGUCAGCGAGGAAAUCUUCCGGGAGAAUUGGUUGCAAAAGAUUGAGAUUCUUAGGCAUCGCGAGACUAUCCUGCGGGAACGGGAGACGAACCUACAGAAGAGGGAACGGGAACUGUUUAGAAAAGAGAAGGAGUUAAGGAUCACGGAGAGAAUGCUCAAUGAUAAAAUGAAGCAGGUAGAGAUCCUGAACGAACAACUCAAAUACCAAAAAGAUACGUUAGUCGUUGGGAAGAGGUUGGAGGAAGUGGCACGAAUUUUAUCAGACGACGUCGAGAAGUCGACUACAUUCACAGAGGAAAAGAUACCAAGUAAAAAAGAUGUUCUGAAGAAGAUGGAGAUUUCGAAGAAAGAAGAGAUUCCGAGACGAGUGGAGAUUCAAAGGAAAGAAGAGAUUUCGAGGAAAGCGGAAAUGCCAAGGAAAGAAGAGAUUCCGAGACGAGCGGAGAUUCAAAAGAAAGAAGAGAUUCCGAAAAAAGUGGAAAUGCCAAGAAAAGAAGAGAUUUCAAAAAAAGUAGAAAUUCCAAGACAAGAAGAGAUUGCGAGAAAAGCAGAGAUAUUGAAAAAAGCAGAGAUUCCAAAAAAUCCUAUCAUCAAUUCGUCAUCUAUUGUCAAUCCACCUAUCAUUAUUCCGCCUAUCGUCAAUCCACCUAUCGUUAAUCCAUCUGUUAUUAAACCAUCUAUCGUCAAUCCAUCCAUCAUCAAUUCAUGCCAGAGAAAGGAAUCUACUAAUAAAAAACUAAUACGUUCGACGCGUUCGAGUUUCUCGUCGAGAAAAUCUUUUUCGAAGACCCAUUUGUAUGGUACCGUAAGGAGCAGAGAACGACCGAAGAAAAUUUACGACGAUCUGAACUCGACGUUGUCGGCUGCUAGCAUAGAUUCGCCUAAUAAACAGACAUCAGUGUUGUUCAACCCGACGCAAUACCAGAAGCCUUCCGUGUUCACAAGAUCGGCAAGCGAACGAUGGUCCAGGCACCGGGUAGACACUGUAGGGAUGCUGCAGAGAGUAACCGAGGAGAAAUCUGAGUACAUAAUUGAGGAAGAGAAGAUCUUUCAAAAAGUCAGCGACAAUAUAUGCGCUUUGCAAGAGAAAGAGGCAAGGUUCCAAGACUAUGGACUCGUGGAUUGUAUUCCAAGUGCUAUUUCAGGCACGAUUACGCAACGUAAUUCCGACAACGAAGAAAGAUUGUCCUCAUAUCUCAAUCUGGAAACCGGCGAGAGAUAUAAUCAUCGAAAUUCAGUUAACAUUUCCAAGGAUCGACCAAUCUCCUGGACUAGCGAGACGCAGCAGAAUAAACAUCAGGUGUGUGAAUCGGUAUUGAUGAAACAACCGGCUGAGAAUAAGGAAAAUGCCGCAUACAAUUCGCGCUACAACGCAGAGAAAAUUGGAGUGAAGAACAUCAAGUUGGCUUCCAAGCUAACUGCCAAACCAAAAGCCAAGCCGACUACAAAGUCAAAAAAAUUCUUUCUGUUUCGUUCCUAGAUAAAAAAAUGUCUCUUGUAUAUAUAAAAAGAAUGUUCUUUUAGAAUUUAGUUUCAAAAUUAUAGUAGUUACACAGGACAACAUGGACUUCGAAAAAUUCUACUAUAAUUUUAGUAAAAUUUUAUUAAACUUACUAUAAUUUAUUAUGAUUAUGACUAUAUUUUACUAAUU